UUGCGGCGCUUGCAUGGAGCAACCUCGGCGAUGGAGACCCGUGCAGGAGCUCCUGCGCAGCUUUUACGCGGAAGUGCUGCCGCUGGAAGCCUUCGUGCGGCGCUUGCAGAGGCGGACUCUUGCAAAGGACCCAACGCAGCCCCUCGUGCAGGACGGAGAUCCCGGCUGCUACCGGAGCCUGGUCAACCAGUGCUUGGUGGGGCGGCUGGCUGCGUGCAAAGCCCUCCCUGCCCAUUUCAGCGCCCAGCAGGUAAGCGAGCAGGAUGAUUUCCUUACGCGAAUCAUUCAGAGAAUUUCAAAGAAGAAGAAAAAUGUGUUGACAUUUGGUUAUUCCGUAUUGGAUGAAAAUAACCGCCAGUUGCCCUGUAUGCCAAAUAGUAGCUACAUGUUUAAUCAUUCAACAGAAACCAUUCGAAAGAGUGUGUGCUGGGAGAUCAUUCUAAACAGAGUUGGGGACAUCAUGAUAAUAUUAGAGAAUUGUGCUCUCUUCCUCCUUGUGCCUCCUAACUGCUGUUACCAAAUUUGUGGGCCCGUCUAUGAACUUGCUUCAAGAAAUGUAACACGGCCUCCAAAGUUUCUUAGACAGAGGAUUCACGGGCCUUCUCCAUGUAUCCUGACAACUUAUCUCCGUAAAAGGUUUCGGUCUUGUAGGUGGUAUCCCAGAAAAACGAAGUGGCAGAAAUGGAAUUCUGAAAGGCAGAAAUGGAACGAAACACAACAACACACUAUCGGUGGUCUUCAAAAGAAAAGGCCAAUUAUGAGAACCAUUGAACACAUAGAAAAGCAACAGAAGCCCUCUCUUAGCCUAUCACUAAGAACACAGGGUUUAAAAAGAAAAUGGACAGGCCAGUGUGAUAUUAAUGCUAAGAAAAUAAAAAUCAUGAUAAAGGAGAGCAACGUCAGGGAAAAAAAAAACUCGGAUUCUAGAAAAAACCAAAAUCGGUUGAUUUUAGAUAGUGGUAAACCUGAGGCUUCUAGGGUAUGUAUACAGUCGUGUUCAAAAGGUUUAACUCUUAUGAACUCUGCUCCUCGGAAUGGCGAAGUACAAACAUCUGGGGUACCUAGUUCAAUUAAUGACAAUCCAGAUGCUUUAGUGUGUGAAAAGAAAGAUAGUAUAAGUAAACCAUUUUGUGAAUCUAAUCUGCAACCAAUAUGCAAUGCUAACCUGCCAAAGCUGGUAACUAGAACCUCUGAUAUUCGUUCUGCGCGACUGGCGCUUGCAAAAACUGUUUUGCCAGAAAAAAAUCUUGGAAUCUGCUCAUCUAAAUCCGUCGGGAAGUCUUGCAAUAGCAUUCCCGCAGUGCGUAUUGAGAGAUAUUCUCUCUUAUAUUCCUACCAGCGUUUGAAAGAGAGUUUACCUAAGUCGUUUGUAUUAAAUCACUUGAAGGGCCAUCCAGCAGGAGGACGAGGCUUAGUAGAACAAGUGUUCUUCAGUAAUAAGAUUCUGAAGCAGCCUGGAAGUUCUAGCCUUCAAACAGCCCCCAAGAAAAAGAAGAGGCUUCCGAAACGCUACUGGCAGAUGAGAAGUGUCUUCCAAGAACUCUUACGGAACCAUGCAAAGUGUCCUUAUCAAGCUAUAUUAAAAAGGAAUUGUCCCAUUUCAGUUUCUGAACCGGUUACAACAAGCCUACGGGAGCAGAGUUCCCAACAAAAUGGCCACCAAGUAGAGCAACUUUCAUCAAAGAAGCAGCGGGAUAAUCCAGUAGAAGGUAGCAUCGCGAGCAGGUCAGGGGCCUCGAACCCAUCGGCAGAAACUGUUGCUUCAAGCAGAAGCCCUGAAAUAACUGAAUUAUUUGAAAAAAAAGAUAAGGAGCAGGCCUUCCAAGACUCCUCCUCCAGUUCUGAUUUCAUAGCGUUGCUGAAGCAGUACAGCAGUCACUGGCAAGUAUAUACUUUCGUGAGAUGCUUAGAGAGAGUGGUGCCUCCUGCGCUUUGGGGUUCGAAUCACAACAAGCGCCGCUUUUACAGAAACGUGAAGUUUAUCUCCUUGGGAAAAUUUGCCUGUUUCUUUGGAGGAAUUGACGUGGAAAUGAGGGUCAAUGAUUGUGCUUGGCUUCGUCUCACCAAAGAGAACGCCCAUUCUGUUCCUGCCUCCGAGCAGCGCUUCCGAGAACAGCUGAUGUCUAAAUUCCUGUACUGGCUGAUGGACUGCUAUGUUUCAGAGCUCCUGCGAUCUUUCUUCUAUAUCACAGAGACAGCAUUCCAAAAAAAAUUCACUUUUUUUCUUCCGAAGGCUGUUUGGCGCAAACUACAGAGCUUUGGGAUUAGGAGCCAUUUGGCCAAAGUGCAGCUUCAUCCGUUAUUAAAGGAAGAUAUUGCAUUGCAGCACAGAAAGUGUGUCCCCAUGGCAUCAAAACUCCGAUUCAUCCCGAAACCAAAUGGGUUGAGGCCUGUGGUCAAGCUGCAUGAUGUGGUUGGAGCAGAAACGCUUUGCAAAAACAACAGAGACAAAAAGGCUCGACAUUUCAAUAUGCAGCUUAAGAAUUUAUUUAGUGUUCUUAAUUAUGAACGACUGGAGAACCCUGCUUUACUCGGCUCAACUGUCUUUGGGAAAGAUGACAUUUACACAAUGUGGAAGAAGUUCGUUUCAAAGGUUUUGGGCUCGUAUGCUGAAAUGCCUAAAUUCUACUUUGUGAAGGCUGAUGUCACAGGAGCUUACGACACUCUUCCCCAUGAUAAACUGGUGGAAGUGAUUUUACAGGCUCUGGCACCCGGCAGGAACACCAUUUACAGCAUACGACGCUAUGCAGCGAUCAUGAGGACUAGAAAUGGAUGUAUAAAAAAACAUUACAGAAGACAUGUCUCACUUGACAAUGAGUUUAUAUAUGGAAUGAAACAGUUUGUAUCUCAUCUUCAACAGAGCACUUCGCUGAGAAAUGCUAUAAUGGUUGAACAGAGUGUUUAUAUGAAGGAAAGCAGUUCUAGCCUCCGUGAGUUUUUCUUGCAGUUGAUCCAUAAUAAUAUCCUGAAGAUUGAGGACAGGUAUUAUGUGCAGCGCUGUGGAAUUCCCCAGGGAUCUAUUUUAUCAAAUCUGCUUUGCAACCUCUGCUAUGGAGACAUGGAGAAUAAGUUACUGUGCAAUGUGCAAGAGGAUGGAUUACUAAUGCGUUUAACGGAUGAUUUUCUGCUUGUUACACCUCAUCUAGAACAAGCAAAAACAUUUCUGAGGACUCUAGCCAAAGGCAUUCCAGAGUAUGGCUUUGUUAUAAAUCCAUCUAAGACUGUGGUGAAUUUUCCGGUGGAUGAAAAUGUUCCAGGUUGCUUGGAGUUCAAACAAUUGCCAACUCAUUGUGUUAUCCCAUGGUGUGGAUUGUUAAUUAAUACACAGACUCUUGAAAUUUACUGUGAUUACUCCAGUUAUGCUUAUACAUCUAUCAGGUCUAGCCUGACUUUCAACUCUACUAGAAAAGCUGGUGUGAAUAUGAGAAACAAAUUGCUUGCAGUCUUGCAGCUAAAAUGUCAUCCUUUAUUUAUAGAUUUACAGAUCAAUAGCCUUAGAACAGUAUGCAUUAAUAUUUACAAGAUACUACUGCUGCAGGCGUACAGAUUUCACGCCUGUGUUCUCCAGCUCCCAUUUCAUCACCACAUCAGAAAUAACCCACGUUUCUUCCUGAUGGUCAUCUCCGAUAGUGCUUCCUGCUGCUUCUCUGUUCUAAAAGCUAAAAAUGCAGGUUGUUCAAUUCCACUUUCUUACAAAGCAGUUCAGUGGCUCUCCUACCAUGCCUUCCGCACUAAAUUGGCAAAUCACAGGGUGAUUUACAAGUGUCUCCUUGGACCACUCAGAGAGUGUAAAUUAUGGUUGACUUGGCAAAUUCCAAAAACUACCAUGCAACUACUUAUUGAAGUAAUACAGCCGUCAUUACAUGAAGAUUUCAAAAACAUCCUGGAUUAGCUCUAUAAAGUAACUUUAUAAGAGCCGAGGUGGCGCAGUGGUUAAAUGAAGCACUGCUGGCUACUGCUAGAUCAGCAGUUCGGCUGUUC